UAGAUAUUCCGUCCCCGUAGGCAACGCUGCAGCACUGCGACCAUUUCGGGGAGUAGUCGAAGCCUUUGGACGUAUCUCGCUGCGUGUUUAUCGCGUUAUCGGCGCGUUCGGCGGCGCUAUUUGGCUAGGAAGCGGUGCUCAACAUGGCGGCGUGGCUCCUGCUGCUGUUUUUCCUCUCGGUGUUCUGUGUUUUGGGAUGCGUCCUCCUGGUGGUCGUGCUUCUCGGGGCUCUGCAUGUCGCACGCCUGUCGACGUGGAAGCACCUGAAGAAUACACCGGGACCCUACGAAGGCAUUCCGCUGUUUUGGGUCGUUCAACAGCACUUGCGGGCCGUGCGACGGAAGCCACUUGUGCCUUACAACGUGUCCACUCUUGAGAUUCGAGUAGCUCACUCCGUGGAAUAUCAAUCCCAUGGGCUUUACCGGUUCUACAUAGGGCAUGUACCUACCGUGGUCGUAUACCGAGCUGACCUUAUUGAGAUCGUUCUCACAAACACGCUUUCCAAGUCCAUUGAUUACUCACUUUUGCACUCCUGGCUUGGCACAGGGCUUCUGACAAGCUCUGGAUCAAAAUGGAAGACGAGGCGACGAAUGCUGACCCCCGCUUUCCACUUCCGAAUUCUGGACGACUUUGUUUUGCCCAUAAACGAGCACACAAAGCACUUGGUAACCAGGAUCCGUCAACUUUCUGAGCAGGACGACUGGGUUGAUGUCGUGCCGCUGGCAGCAUCGACCACGCUGGACGUUUUACUUGAAACAAUAAUGGGAAUCACUGCAAGUCAACAACAACCGGAGUGCCAAUCUUACGUCAAAGCUGCCAAUUUCUUAGCAGACCAAAUGGUGUUCAGGGCGCAAACACCCUGGCUACUUCUAGACUUCAUUUAUUACCGAACAGAAUACGGACAUCGGUAUAAGGCGGCUACAAAUCUUGUGCAUACUUUUAGCACCCAGGUGAUACAGAAACGCAGAAAGGAACUGAUCAAGGAGAGGAGUACGGCGCAGGCACCCCUCGCAGAUGUUGCUAAACCUCAAAGGAAAAGGCUCCGUACGUUCCUGGACAUUUUACUCUGCUACAGUCUGGACAGUGACAGUUCAUUUACUGACGAAGAUAUCAGAGAAGAGGUCGACACGUUUAUGUUUGAGGGUCAUGACACCACGGCACUGGCCAUUGCCUGGGCGCUCUACAUGAUCGCUUUGCAUCCACAAGUUCAGCAGAAAAUACAGCAGGAAUUGGAUGCUGUACUUGGAAAUGACAUCGAAAAAAAUAUAUCAAUGAAUGACAUGAAGGAAUUCAAAUACAUGGACUGCGUAACAAAGGAAUGCCAACGUCUUUACCCCUCAGUUCCCUUCAUUGGGAGAGCCGUCACGAAGGAACUCAGAUUAGGAGACCACCUGUUACCUGAAGGUACUACAGUAGAUAUAUUUAUCUACGCCCUACACCGAGAUCCAAAGAUUUUCCCAGAUCCCGAGGUCUUCGAUCCAGAGCGUUUUUCGUCAGAAAACAGUGCCUCACGGCACCCUUUUGCGUUCAUUCCUUUCUCAGCUGGCUCGAGAAACUGCAUAGGACAAAAAUUUGCCAACAUGGAGGUCAAGAUAUGCCUGGGUAACAUCCUGAGAAACUUCAAUCUACGACCCCUUGAGCAUCGCGACAAACUUCAACUGUCCAGCGAGCUCAUCCUGAGGGCAAUAGAUGGACUCAAGAUCAAAUUUACACCUCGCUCACUUUAAAGCAUCAUGUUCAAUUUUCGUAACAUUGUAAAUUGCUCAUACAAACAAAACUGUAUAGGUACCAAG